AGUAGUCACGGGGUGGAGGAGGCCGGCGGGUGCUGGCACCGCUCGGGCGGGAGUCGGGGUCGUUGGUGGUGGCAGCGGGUAAAGAUCUUUCAUCCUGUUGAGGUUCAAUUCCUCUGAAACUAAGCAAUUGCUGUAGGCCUUGGGAAUACCAGUGUGACUCCAAGCUCACUUAUCUCUAGUUUCACUCGCACUAUAGCAAAGGGAGAAAACAGGAAUUGGCAUUAUGUCAUCUUACACAAAAAACUAUAAUCCCUUUGAUGAUGAUGAUGAUGAAGGUUUGAAGCCAGUAAAGUGGAACAAUGGAGAUGACAUCGUUGAUGACCCUACUGAAAGGCAACAUAGGGAGGCUACAGAUAAACAAAGGUAUCUUCAGCAGGAAGUUCUGAGGCGGGCUCAGGCCACAGAGGCCAGCACUAAUAGAUCUCUUUCCCUCAUUUAUGAAUCUGAGCAAAUUGGAGUAGCCACAUCAGAGGAACUUGUACGUCAGGGUGAGGCAUUAAAGCGCACUGAACGAAUGGUGGAUAAAAUGGACCAGGAUUUAAAGAUUAGCCAGAGACACAUAAACAACAUUAAGAGUGUCUUCGGUGGUUUUGUAAACUACUUCAAAUCGAAACCUCCAGAGACCAAGCCUGAGCAGAAUGAAGCCCCUGAGUACCAAGGAAACAGCCGAUUAAAAGAAGCCAUGGUCUUUAGUAAAGAACAGGAGUCAAAGUACCAGGAGAGUCAUCCAAAUUUAAGGAAGCUGCGUAAUUCUGACUAUGAUUUCAGUGGAACCAAUUCAGAAUCUUCUGUCCAACCCGAUGUUUAUCCAAAGAAUCAACAUCUCCGAGCUUACCACCAGAAAAUUGACAGCAACUUAGAUGACAUGUCCUCUGGGCUGGGCCGUCUGAAAAACCUGGCUCUGGGUCUGCAGACAGAAAUUGAUGAGCAGGAUGACGUUCUUGAUCGGCUAACUGGAAAAGUAGACAAACUGGAUGUCAGUAUUACAAGCACUGAAAGAAAAGUCCGACAACUUUAAAGACUUCUCAGAAAUUCUUUCCUUCAGUGUAAGAUCUUCUUGGAUGUUUAUCUUGCUGGGGUUUUUUUUGUGUUUUUUUGUUUUAAAUCUUGGGCAAUAUCCAUUUCUUACUUUCAGUGGCUUAGCUAUCAUUAAAAUUGCAGAAUCUUGAGUGCAACAUAAGAUCUUAAAACACUUCUUAAUAUAUACAUAUGUGUACAUUGGACAGCACAGCUUUCUGCAUCUGGUUGCAAUCCUUCACUCUGGAUACCUGCUCAUUUGUAUUAUGAUGUGCCAUGUGCAUAUAGGAAUUUUCAGUCUACAUGUUUCAAUGCCCUUACACUUAGAACUGUGGCAAAGAAAAUAACUAAAUUUUGCAAGGAAUUGUUUAAGAAUUUAAAAAUAGCUAUAUGUAAACGUACAGAUUACCAGCUGUAAAAAUAAUUCUGAAUGAUGUCCCCUAGCAUUUCUGUGUUUGUUCCUAAGGAAUCUCAGAGAUCUCCAAACAACUGGAAUAGUUGUCAAAUGUGACAUGCAGUGAUGCUGGUACUAACACUGUGCCUAGGGGGAAGUGAUUCUGCACGCUCAAAAAUCCUCCACUGAUGGUGGCGGUUGUCCUUUAUGUGCUGCUUUUCGCCAGCCUACUGAGUAAGUGGCUAUUUGAACAGCAGCAUCUCUCUUAAAAAUGGAAAUUUGGACUAAUAAUUCAAUUUUAAAAUUUUUAAUGUUUUCAAAUAGGAAAGGUGGAGUGGUGGAGUUCAUGCUAUAGUCUUAUGUGAUGACUAUUUCUUCCACCCCCAUCACCAUUGUUGAGAAAUUAAACUUGCACAUAUACCUACAUGCUCUCCAGCUCUCUGGCUUUGCAGUUUUUAGUUCCUACAGAUGACAAAUGUUUUAAUUACUUCCAGUUUUCCAAAUCCAAACUGGAAUCCACCUGCUGGGUUUUCUUUCCCCUUAUGCCUUUGUAAAUAACACUGUUAAACAAAAAUCAUUUUAAUUCUACAGCCGUGGGAAGGUAACAACCAAAUGAUCAUCAUCUAUCUGCCUGAUUGGUGACGUCUCUAAAACGAGAAGAUAAUAUCGAUUCAGAUCUUACUGGACAAGUGUCCAUAUCGCAAAAUUCACCACCACAUUUGACAGUAAGAACCUGGUUGGCAGUCCCAGCAGAGAGGCCAGCAAAUUAAAACCCUGUUCACUGCACCUGGUCCCCCCAGGUUGUCAUGGCAUAUCGAUUGACACUGUGGAGAAACUUGCACUGUAUACAGUUGCCUGUGCUUCAUGUUGUGUUGAUAAAUGGAAAACCAAAGUUUUCCAGGUCUGUUGAUUCAGUACCUUUCAUAAUCACUAAAUUCACACUUUUUUCCCUUUUUAAAAAAAGACUUGUUCAAACACUUAAAAAUCCCAUCUUCUGCCUUGGUGUGAACAUACUCCCUUUAGCGCAUAAAGGACUUAGAGAAUUUUCAACCCUCUUGUUCUAUACAGUCUGUGUAGGAAAGUAAAGCAUUAAACCAUCUGAACUUCCUUGCUAUUGGGGGCAAUGUUACUGGAAAAUAACUCCUCUAGUUCUCCUGGUAAUUACAUUUCUCUGAUGUGAAACCAUUUGAAAACUAGUUUAUGCUGCACCCUGCCCUGCUGGUGUCACAAAUAUCACUUUGCAAAGAAAGUGGCUGCCACCAGCUGGAAACGCACAGGUGCCAAUUAUAAGUGUAUUCUGCCAUAUAUCUUUCAUUACCUUUAAUUUUCUUUUUAUCUCCCAUUUGGAAGUUUUGAAAAAGCCUGUUACUACCUACACGUCUUCUGCCCUUGUGUAUACAUACCAUUACUAGUGCUUUUCCCCUAUUGCCAGGAUAUUCAUGAGUGAUUAGCUGUCUCUUCUUAAUGUUAAGGCAUUUAUUUAGGAAGUAACAGAUAUCAUUAACUUGUAAAAAGCUGAAAGCGUGUGAGGGGCAGGAAGAUUCAAAUGUUUGUCCUGCCUACCUUUGAUGGCUUAUUUAAGUACCCGUCAGAAAAAAAUGUGGGGGUGGGGGGGAGGGGGAGGUUUUUGUUUUCUUGCUAUAGAACUUCCAGAACACAGUGCUGAUUGACAGAGGCAUCUUUCUUUUAUGCGCCCAAGCUGUGUGUAUAUGUAUUCUAUCCCGAGUUUAAAAAUUUGUGGAAAAUUCCACUACCAGUUAGUAAUACUGUUAACUUAUUUGAAAUCUGCCUUCACGUGUAUAUGCUUACCCCGCAACUAGACUUUUCCUAAAGCAAGACCUUGGUAAUCAGCGUGCAGGCUGAAUAGUUUUCUCCACUGAGUUGUAGCUAAUGGAGAAGAAAUGUAGCUAGAAGAUCCAGCUAUGUGUUCAUGUAUAUUGAAAAACGAGAGGAAGAUGGGGCUUGGAUAUGAACAGUGAUGGCAAUAGAUUUGUUAGUUUAACUUGGAUGCUUUCUGACAUAAUUUAUUUUGUGAAAUAAAUUCUAUUUCUUCUUAAAACAGGACUUUUUUUUAAUAAUGUAGUUUUAUCAGCCUUACUAAAAGCUGCUUGUGUCCUUGGGGGAGACCUUUGCUAUAAGAAAUCUACUUUGGCUUUUAGAACAUUUUGAUCAUUACACAUUUCAAACUGGAACUCAGAAUUACGUGGGAGUUCUACAAAGGCCUAAUUUCUCAUCUCUUUACCCCAUUCACCUUUGCCAGUUGGUGACAUCUGCUAUUUCCUCAUUGUUUACAGGCUUCCUGCUCUACGUACGUCUAGGGUCCCAUUUUAAAGGGUUGCUUUCCACAUUAGGGCUCUUUUGUGCGGAUGAGAGUUGUGUUUAAGCAUAAACUAAAAUCGACUGCAACCUGAACUCCUUUCCUAGCUUUCAUAGAAAAUACUUUACACUGUCUGCCGCUAAAGAACAUAAACGUUAACAAUAUGAGAGAGCAAUGCUGUGUUUUGUAAUAGUGAUGAAACUCUUGCUGACUAAAAACUAUUUUACAAAAAGAGGAAAUAACUGAAAAGCUGACUUUUUUUCUUUCCUAGAAAUUUCUGCCUUCCCAUGCUGCUUGAAGGCUUAAUUUCUGUAACUAGUCUUUUAGAUCCUGUCUAAAAUACCAUUUCAUCUUUCUGUCAGAUACCAUUGAGAAACUUAUCCUCUCAUGUUGGCCUAAGCUUUUUAAAAAUGAUUCUGCAAGCUUACCCGUGAGUGCCAGUUCAACCAACUAUUCUGCUUAAGAGUGCCUGUUAGCCUUUCUUUACAGCAGAACUUCAAAAACAGACUCCAACGAGAAACUGCUGAAUUGGAAUUAAUUUGCAAACUGGACAUCAUUAAAUUAGGCUUGAAUAAAGACUGGGAGUGGAGGGGUCAUUACACAAAGUAAAACUAUUUCUCCAUGCUAAUUUUUUCCUCUACUGUUACUUACACCUUCUUUUCAACUGUUGGAAAUGGGCCAUCCUGAUUAUCACUACAAACGUUUUUUUCUCCUGCUGAUAAUUGAUUAGUCUCCCACCUUAAUUGAUUAGUCUCGUUAUAGCUGGUAUGGCAACACCCAUUUUCUUCAUGUUCUCUGUGUGUGCAUAUAUAUAUCUUCCUACUGUAUUUCCCACUGCAUGUAUCCGAUGAAGUGGGUUUUAGCCCAUGAAAGCUUAUGCCCAAAUAAAUUUGUUAAUCUCUAAGGUGCCACAAGUACUCCUCGUUCUUUUUACUGGUAAUACUGUAGACUAGGCAACGUUUAUUGGCUUGAGUGGCAGUUAGUGUUAAAUAUCAAAAUAAGGUUGCAAAAACUUCUAUGUAGGCAUCUUUAUAAAGUAAGACAGGCUCCCUUGUAGGAAGAUUUAUUUCUUUAAAUGAGGUUAGGGGUAUUAUGAUUAUUCAGAAUUUUUAUCUGUCUGAGCAUAGAUUUGAUAAUAAGCAGCCUUUUUUAAAAAAAAAUAAUCUGACCAUUGGUUUGUAAUAAAUUGUACCUAUAAAACUGUUCUUGAGCAUUGAACCAAAACUGCACUAAAUAAUCUAGGGCAGCCAAGAUGUAGGCUCUAAGGCCCUGUUCUUGCACUGGGAACUGCACAGGCUGAGUCUGACUGAAAUCAUUGGGGCUCUGCCUGGGCACACGGGUCUGCCUGCAUGGUACUCAGUGCAGGAUCAUGGCCUACGACUUUGUGUGUACAUACAGAAUGUCUAGAAGAAACUCUUUUGCUGUAUUGAGGCUACUGUAUUUAGAUUGUAUGCAAACAAUACUCUGAAAAUUUAGCUUGUUUAUGUCUAAAAUUUCAGUUUUUUACGAUUGAAAUGUAAAAUAUUUUGCUGCUUAAUAGCUUUUGUGAAUGUUCAGUUUAUGUAAAACUAGGAAAUAGAAAAUACUUUUUCUAGCCAUUCAGCCUUCAGAACAAACUGACUUUUGUUGUUCCUUUUACAUGGAUAAGUCCAUAGAAAAGAUAAUGUUUUUGGCUUUGAAAUGUGUGUGACAUCAGCAUUACAGGUAGUGAUUAUUUGACUACAGCCCUGGCCACUUUUUUAAUAGUAACAUAAUUAUACACCACACAGAUUUAAUAAUUUUUUGGGCAAGCAAAAUUGAAGUCUUUCUCUUUCUUAAUGAAAGAUUAAAGUGGAUUAUAAUUCAGCAAUUUAAGAUGUCAAAUGGAAUCUAUAUUGAAUGGUGAGAUGCUCAAUAAAGGUGCUUAUUGUA